UUCCCUCUCGCUGAAUGGCCUGUCUUUCGCAACAACGUUAUUCUCGUCUCGCGCCGACCCGACCCAACUUCAGGCUUCGAGUUGCGUCUCGACUCGUUUAGAUUCCGCUUCGCACCGUUUCAUCGAGAGACGAGCGGUGCGCCAACCGGAAAACGGUUUCCAAUGCGCCGGCAACGGCGACAGUGACGGCGACGGCGAACACCUGUUGUUCUUGCUCGCAGCGCAUCCGUGCUGCCCCCGAGUUUCACGAGACAGUACGCGUUAUCGCGGUUUACGGCUGUUUUCACGCUCGGCUCGGUCACUACGGGAUGACGGUUACUCUGGACUUCAUCGGAAAAUCGAAUGGCGGCUACUGGGAAUCGGGACGAACGGAAUCGUGCACGCUUGGAAGUCGAUCCGCGUCGAUAAUCGAACCGUAUGAUGAAUAUAGUCGAAUUUCCGAGAAGAACGCGAUUCGCGGCGAAAUUGACACGCGUUGUCGAGCGGAUUCAGAAAUAAAUAACCUGGAAAGUAUAAGUGAUACGAGCAAAUGCUUCGGACAGUUGUAAGAAAUGGCCAGGGACACGCCGGGUUCACCCAUGUCUAGACCGCGGGACCUGGUCGGCGGAGUUGGCGGCGCUACGGCCACCUUGACAUCCAACGUCUAUCAUACCGCCUCCGGCGACCCAACCACGACCACCCUUCACGGUCACGCGCUCCAGCAAAAGAUACUAGAGUUGCAGCAACAGCACCAGCUUCAGCAGCAGAUCCUUCGGCAACGAUAUCAGGCGCAGGAACGGCAACUAGCCGAGUUUCACGAGCAGCAGAUGCAUCAGUUAAAGCUCUGGGAGCAGCAGAAGCAGCUGGAGGAACAUCGAAGGGAGAAGGAGCGCAUCGAAGCACUCCGGAAGAAGGACAAGCAUGAUCACAGCGCGAUCGCAUCGACGGAAGUCAAGCAACGGCUUCAGAGUUUUCUCGUGAACAAAAAGCAAAGGGAAGCCGCCGCAGCCGCGAACGGAGCCGUGCCCGGAACGCCCGGAUACAGAAGCUGGUUGCAACCACAAUCGGAUUCGGCGGGUACCGCGAACGCCUCCUCGCAUCCCUAUCGUAUGCCGCAGAUGCUUCAAGAAAAGUUUGCCCACGAUUUCCCUCUUCGAAAGACAGCCUCGGAGCCGAACCUGCUGAAGGUGCGACUAAAGCAACGCGUGGAGAGGAACAUGGCCGCAUCGAGAAACUCGCCGCUGAUGGCACGUCGGAAGGACCGCCUGCUCUCGCACCUGAAACGGAAGUCACUGCUAGCAAAUUCUAGCAGCAAUCCGGAGUCCGGGCCUAACUCACCGCCGACAGUAGGCAACUCGCAGGCGAGUCCGACCGCUGGAGGUAACGCGGCGGCGAUACAGGAAGAAAGCGAGAACACCGCGUACGGCGGACCUCUGACCAGCGGCAGUCAGCAAGGCAGCCUCUCGGACCUCUCGCUGUUCAGCUCCCCGUCCAUGCCCAACAUCUCGCUAGGCAGACCACACGUUCCUUCCGGUGGCAAUGCUACCGGCUCGAAGCUGGCGACCGUUUCCGAGGCGGAGGUCAGAGCGGCGUUCACGGCGCGGCUGGGGAUGCCUUUGACCGGUCAGAUGCUGCCGGGCACGUUGCCGUUCUACCCGUCGCUGACCGUGAUCGAGGGUGAAUCGGGGAACUCCGGCUACAUCCACAAACAGAUGCAGAACAUGGAGCACUCGACGGUAACCAACAGACAGCACCCGACCGCCGCGGUGUACCACAGCGCCGCGGCGGCGGCUGCGGCCGCGGCUGCCGCCGCUGCAGCGGCAGCCACGUCCGCCUCGCCCAUCACGGACACGCAAGUAGCGCACGCGAGACUGCAAAAGGCUGGUCACCGGCCUUUAGGUAGCAGGACGCAGUCCGCGCCGCUACCGCUGGGCCACCCGAUGCUCCAGGGCGGCAUGAUGGCGCCGCAGACCCACUACGAGGAGUACCUGGCGGAGAAGCAGCUGCACGACCAGCAGCAGGCGCACAACUACCUGAAGCAGCAGAUCCGGCAGACGGUGCUGACGCGGGUCGGCUCCAGGGGACAGGCGAACCAGCUCGACGAGGCGUCGGAGGCGGAGGAGUCGGAGGUGAUAGACCUGACGGGCGGCGGGAAGAAGGACCUGCAGGAGGAGAGCGAGAUUUCCAAGCAGCAGCGCGACAGGGAGCAAUUCCUCCAGCAGCAGAGGGAUCUGAUGAUGAGGCACACCCUGCAACUCUCUAACGAAUCUGCGGCCUACAGUGGGAACGCUGGCGGCGUCGGCGCUGGCGCCGGCGCGGGCAGCGGCGUUGGGGGCUCGGGCUCGGGCAAGACUGGCCAGUCGUGCGCCAGGCCGUUGUCCAGGGCGCUGUCGAGCCCGUUGGUUCACUUGGGACCUCAGGCCGGUGGAGCUGCCGACUUGUUCGCGCGUACCUCCUCUCACCGGCCCACCACCGGAUUGGCCUACGAUCCGCUUAUGCUGAAGCACGCGUGCGUCUGCGGGGAGACGGUGCGCGGUCAUCCGGAGCACGGCGGCAGACUGCAGAGCGUCUGGGCGCGACUCUCGGAGACCGGAUUGCUUCAAAGAUGCGACCGGAUCAGAUCUCGCAAGGCUACCCUCGAAGAGAUUCAAACCUGUCACAGCGAGGCGCACGCGCUACUCUUCGGAACGAAUCCGAUGAACCGUCAAAAGUUGGACGUCUCGAAGCUCUCUCAACUCCCGAUCAAGAGUUUCGUCCGACUGCCCUGCGGCGGAGUGGGCGUCGAUUCGGACACGACGUGGAACGAACUGAACACCGCGCCCGCCGCCAGAAUGGCCGUAGGCUGCGUGGUCGACCUGGCGUUCAAAACGGCCAUGGGCGACAUUAAGAACGGCUUCGCGGUCGUCCGGCCCCCUGGACACCACGCCGAGACCAAUCAAGCGAUGGGCUUCUGUUUCUUCAAUUCGGUCGCUAUCGCCGCUAGAUUACUCCAGCAAAAGCUCGACGUCCGGAAAAUCAUGAUUCUGGAUUGGGACGUGCACCAUGGGAACGGGACGCAGCAAAUGUUCUACGACGAUCCGCGAGUGCUGUACCUCUCGAUACACAGGCACGACGAGGGUAACUUCUUCCCGGGUACAGGCGGAUCGACCGAGUGCGGCGCCGGCGAGGGCCUCGGCUGCAACGUGAACGUCGCCUGGUCCGGCGGCCUGAACCCGCCGAUGGGGGACGCGGAGUACCUCGCCGCGUUCCGCACGAUCGUGAUGCCGAUCGCGAAGGCGUUCGACCCGAGCAUCGUGCUCGUGUCGGCCGGCUUCGACGCGGCCGUCGGCCACGCCGCGCCCCUCGGCGGCUACAAGGUUAGUCCCGCUUGUUUCGGAAAGAUGACGCAACAGUUGCUCGGCUUAGCGGACGGCAAGGUUGUCCUCGCGCUCGAGGGCGGCUACGAUUUGGCCGCGAUAUGCGACUCCGCGGAGGAGUGCGUGCGCGCGCUGCUCGGCGACGAACCGGCGCAACUGCGGGAAGAGGAACUGACCAGGACCCCUUGCCAAAACGCGAUCGACACGCUACAAAAGACUAUCGCCGUCCAGAUGUCGCACUGGCCUUGCGUUAAGGUGAACGCUCACACGGUGUCGAUGAGUGCGAUCGAAGCCGGUCAGAAGGAACGCGACGAAACGGAGACGGUCUCCGCGAUGGCCUCUCUAUCGAUGCAACAGCCUACCAAUUUAACGACUACCCCAGAACAUUCCCGCGAAGUUUCCGAGGAGCCGAUGGAACAAGACGACGUGAAAUGAAACUGUGAUGGACUGGAGUAACGAGCCUCCAGCCGGCAACCACCGAAUCGUCUCCGUCGACCGUCGUCCCCUCUACGCGACGCGACGACAGCGUCUCAGCUAUUCCCAUCGGAUCCGUUCGUUCUCGAUGUCGCGUACCUAUCGAGUCGUCCCUCGUCGCUGUCGACGACGAGGACGACGCAGGGUGUACUCUAGCCGCGGAAUUUCUACGCUACUCCCGCCGCGUCCGUCCGACGCGCCGACAAACGGAUCGCUCGCGUCCAACCUGAACCGGCGUCGAGACCGACGACGUCGAAUCGUGGAAGUUCGGUGGAUCGAUGGUACGUCCCCCUCGAAUUUCGACGACGAACCGACGGGAAUCGUCGCGAGGCAAACGGGUCCCGUCGAGAUUAUCUCGUGUAAAAGACAGUAGCGUUAGGCACCUCGACAGCCUCCCUCCUUCUCCGUCGCGCUGACGCGUCGUCGCGACGAAUCCUCUUUGGAGGACUGGACGAAAAUAAUAGAUGCUAGAACGAUGAACGGUCGAAUCGCGAGCAGCGCGACGGAGGAACGGAUGCGGGGCAGACAAACACCGGGGAACGGGGAACAGUGCAAGAAACAAUAUAGCGCGUCGCGUAACCCAGUAUCGCGGGAAUGCAGCGAUUCUAUUUCCUUCGAACAGAAUAGCAACAUUUGGUUGUUUUAUCGUGAACAAAGGCUGGUGUGAUUUUUGUGAUAUUUUGUAAAAAAAAGAUGAAAUUAAACGAGCUAUGUUUAAUUAUUAAUGAUGUAUGCGCACGGAGAAACUGAGGCGAGAGAUUGAUGCGUGGACUGUGUGUGUGGUACGUGUUGAUGGAUGAGAAAUUAAGGAGAAAGAGUAAGAGAGAGUAAGAGAGAGAGAGAGAGAGAGUGGCACAUGUGAAAGAGAGCAUUGAAAUAGGAGCAUUUAUUUUUGUGUCGUGCAUUUUACGAAAACACGGAGAGACACGUGGACAAGCUAUAUCCGCAUAUUUGUACGUUGUUGCGAGUAAAACGUAUGUAUACGGAUCCAUGCGGAUAAAACUUUACGUGGAUGAUGCGCGGCGCGAUGGAACAGCCCGUGCACGGGCGUCGGAGUUCUAAGAGUGCACGGAUACGCUCUCACGUGUCCGAUAGAAUCUCAAGUGUUCGUCGUAUGUAUCGUCUCGCGUUUUUACCAAAAAAAAUCAUGGAAGCAAGAGCGCGAAACAAUUGCAUCGGUCGAUUCGUGUCGCGGUUCUCUCUCCCUUGCGAUAUCGUCUCCCGAAUCCCGUUCUCCCGACUCGGGUCACAGUGCAUCGAAUCGCAACGAAACGAGAUCACUGUUAUCUUCAUUGUUCGCGCUUCCUUAUCUCUCUCUCUCUCUCCUCGACCCGUGUCGCUUUCCGAUUUUCCUUACACAGUCAGAUCCGUCUGUCUCUUUGUCCGUACAUACUCGACUCGACUCGACCGAAUUGUUCGUCGCCAACUUGUUCCAUUCGCGUGCGAUGAACAUUUAUAAAUUGUUGACAAUUUACGAGAGUUUUAUGAGUUUCCGACGAUGAAACUUGCAACAUUCCGAUAUCGUUCGUAGAAAAUCGAUACAGUUUUAGAUGUAUAUUCGUUGACUCGCAUCGAAACCAGAAAUAAGAAGCUAAAGUUGAUGAUAAACAAAUGUUACGAUUACGUUAUUGCACGUGUACGAAUGUCUAUAUUGCGUAAGCUUAAACGUAUUAAUCAUACAUUUUUUAUGUAUAUAAAUGUACCUCGUAAAAUAACUCGAAAUAAAAGGUAUAGUCAUUGUGUUACAUAUA